AUGCCGUCCAAAACCUCAAAAUACGUAUAUCACGGUCACAGCAAGAUAAUCUCAGGUGUUAUAGCAGUUCUUGAAACCACUAACCGACCACUUUCCUUACAAGAGUUGGUUGAUGAAAUGACAAGACGUCAAUUAGUAGUUUUUCAUGGUGCCACUCCGCGUAAUACUGUCAGUGGUGAAAUUAGUAAACUUCUCAAUGCAGUAGGUCCUAACAAUGCUCCCAUCCUAAAAGUUAACCAAGGAAAACUUACCAAGUUCUUUUUGCGACCGCGUCACCAACAGGAUACGUUAAAACAUGUUUCACAUGGUAAAAUUCAAAAAAGACAUUCAUCUCGCACUACUCGUAAUAAUCAUCAUUCGCAAACUACCAUAAUCUCUUCAGACAAGCAGGAUCAAAAGGAGCGCGUGACUGAUCAGAAAAAACGACGCCAAAUGGAUGAUCUAAAGGCUGCAUAUUUACUUUCUUGUCUUUCUGCACAUUCGUUUUGGCUAAAUUUUAAAAAUGAACCAGAGAAAGAUUUUAAAUAUUUUCUGGAAGCUCAUGUCGGGGAAACUUCUUUGAUUUCUAGCGUAAACGAUGGUGAUCUUAAUAAUAACUCAAUGAAAAUGGAAUCAUGUAUGACAGAAUAUUGA